AUGUUGGAAGGCUGGUAUUGCCGGACAUUGAAUGAGCAGGAGCAAUCUGCUCAGCCUGUACAUAAUGAACAUCACAUUGAGGGUAAUGAUGAAACAGAUUCUUCUGCUAGUCAAGAUGAAAGCCGACGAGACCAAUCUAGUAAUGCGGUUGACUACAAGUCUCAAUACAGAUAUCUUAAAAGGAAAUUGAAGUUCUUGAUAUACGAAAAUGAAUUUUUUCAGGAUGCCCUUCGUUCAAACCAACGUCGUUUACUGAAAGUAUCUCGCGACAGAGCAUUUCUCUUAGAUCGUCUGUUACAAUAUGAAAAACCGGAAAAUACUUCUUCCGAGAGCGAGGAAACUGAAGAAUCUUCUGAAGAUGAAGCGACAAAGGACAUCAAAAAGCGCAAAUUAGACCAAACAUCAAAUAUCCUCACGCCAGGAACAUCAAGAGGGAGGAAGAAGAAAAUUGCGACACCAGUUAACUCUGAGAUUCACAAUUCUAAAGGAAGUCAGUCCCAAUAUAACCCAGCUGCAGACGAUUGUCAACAACCCCAGGCAGAUGUUAAUCCACAUUUAGCGAAUGAAUCUGUAAUGGAGCUGAUGACAGAUCAAAUUACUGUACCAAAGGAAAUGUUCAGUAAUGAUCCCUCUUUGGACAGUGAACCUAAUGAGCAUUUAGUCGAAUGUUCUUCACCAAGUCAUGUCGCCGCUGAAGAGUGUGUUCCCAUGGAAUACAGUAAUUAA